AGGUAACCCUCGAAGGCCAUAAUGGAAGUUCUAAAAGUAGCGAUGAGAAAAAGCAUCGUGUUUUUUUCACUUUAUGGAAUGGCGAGAUGAUAGGUUUACUUGUACAUCCUACAUGGACUUUUACUGAUGUCUAUUCACAUCUUUUUGCUUUUACCUGUAAACCUGGUACCUGCUCCCUGUGCCAAUUGUAAUCAAUUGUGCACCCUCUGGGCAGUGGAUAUUGCUGGCUCAGCAAGGCAUGUACACAAAGAUGAGUUACUUGUACAGUUAGAAAAAUCAGGGCAUUCCUUAUUCUUAAUGGAACAUCAACAUAAGUUGCUGGUUGUACAUUUUGGGGACUAUUCUUAUGAAGCUCUGACUACUCCAUCUGAAAUCACAGCUAAAGAGAUUUUAAAAAUGGACGAAGUUUCCAGCAAGUUACGAAAAUUAAGUUGCUUUGAUCCUAGCUUGUUUCUUUGCUAUGACAAUGGAAAAGAAGUUCAGUUUUGUAUGAACGAUAAUCCUCUGAACUAUACGGAACAUGGAAAGAUAGUCGCAAGAAGCAAGAGAGUUCGAGUGAAAAGCCUAAAAAAGACGGAUUACCGAGCGAUCGCUGAAAUACGUUGGACUGAGUUUGAAAAACAUCGGCAAAGACAAAAAGCGACUCAAGCAGCAAAGGAAUGCUUAUCGGAGCAAAUCAAACUCUCGUCGAACGUUGAUAAGGAAUUGUGUUUUGUUGAAGACCAUUUUGCUGCGAGUGAUUGUAGACCCAGCCGUCGAACAGCAGUUGAGAAGUAUUCUCGUGCGAAAAUCUUACCUAAAACAUCUAGUUUUGCCAACGAUAAUGUUGGUUCGUCAGUUCCUUGUGAGACAGCGAAUGCUCGGGAAAAUAAAAAUAUAAUUUAUGAUUUGAAAGAAGAAGAGAAGACGCCGAACACCUUUACUUCAGAUGCGCAAUACAUUGACAAUUCAUGCGAUGAGAUUGCCCAUGCGUCUAACAACGGGAAACUGGUUGUUUCUGAACCAAAUGUUCAUAAAUCAUGUUCAAAUAUCUCAAACGAUAGCGAGGAGAAAAGAAACUGUCUUGAUGACAAGAGUUCAAAUGUCAUUGCCACACGAUGUGGGUCAGAAAGUACGAUCCAAAGCUCUGAGCAUGACUUGAAGGACGAAGACAAUGAAGACCGUACUUGUGAUGUCACUAAUCAUGAUGUCACUAGUGACAUAGCCCCGCCACCGACGAGUGACGAAACUGUAAUUUGUAAAAAUUACGUGAACUGUAAUGUAAACAGAAACGAGGAAAGCUCCUUUCUUGAUGAUGGCAGUACAACUGACAUUUAUAAUGACCGUAUUUCCCGUAAGGCCGAAUCUAGCAUCAAUAUUCCUUGUUCUGCCACUUCUUGUGCUGGCUCACGUGAUCUCUUGGGGCAUCGUGUAGAGCGCUCCGUAUCUGUGCAACCAGUUUUAAAAGAUCAAGGAUUACUUAGGGAUGAGACCCUUGGAGUGCAAAGAGGAAUGCGUCGUUGCAUAUCGGAUUUAAACGUACGAUACUCGUACACGUGUGCUGCGAACUGCGCAGACUCAAUAGACGAUAACACUGCUUCUUCAAUUGGUUCAAAAGUUAUGUCGGAAUCAGAUCUUGUAGAUAAAGACGAUGUGCUACGAGUCACUGACAUCCAUCUGCCGAAAGUUUGUGAUGAAGAAGUUAUAUUUGCUAUACCUGAAUGUGACAAGUUUACCGGACCCACGUGGACAUUUUCUAAGCGCGUUGAGAAAUGCGUGAGGAAAAUACUCGAUGUGAAACUUGAUUAUUCUAAAGUGGAAACAUUGAUAGCUGACGAGCUCUGCUUGAUACUGUAUGAAUUGAUGGAACAUGGUCUAAAAAAGACGAUUUUUGGUCUUUCCUUGUUUUCAAUUGGUGCCAAUGUGUGGGUUGUCUGUCAAACUGUGUGCAAGGUAAAGUUUGUUGCAUAAAGUACGUAUUUAAUGAAAGUGCAUAUGUGACGUCACUGUGUUCAAGGUAAAGUUUGUUGCAUAAAGUACGUAUUUAAUGAAAGUGCAUAUGUGACGUCACUGUGUGCAAGGUAAAGUUUGUUGCAUAAAGUACGUAUUUAAUGAAAGUGCAUAUGUGACGUCACUGUGUGCAAGGUAAUAUUUGUUGCAUAAAGUACGUAUUUAAUGAAAGUGCAUAUGUGACGUCACUGUGUACAAGGUAAAGUUUGUUACAUAAAGUACGUAUUUAAUGAAAGUGCAUAUGUGACGUCACUGUGUGCAAGGUAAAGUUUGUUGCAUAAAGUACGUAUUUAAUGAAAGUGCAUAUGUGACGUCACUGUGUGCAAGGUAAAGUUUGUUGCAUGAAGUACGUAUUUAAUGAAAGUGCAUAUGUGACGUCACUGUGUGCAAGGUAAAGUUUGUUGCAUAAAGUACGUAUUUAAUGAAAGUGCAUAUGUGACGUCACUGUGUGCAAGGUAAAGUUUGUUGCAUAAAGUACGUAUUUAAUGAAAGUGCAUAUGUGACGUCACUGUGUGCAAGGUAAAGUUUGUUGCAUAAAGUACGUAUUUAAUGAAAGUGCA